CCAGUCCUUCACGUCAUCCUGCUAUCCGAACCUACCGCCUCAGUGACCACCAUGACUAUCUACCACGCCGGAGACGACUCCCAAGCGCGCCCGUACAUCGAUCCGACUCCCCUCCCGGACAGCAUCCCCAAGGUCCAGGAGAUUGGUACUUCAAGCGCACCCCUCAAGAGCGCGGCUUUCUUCAUUGGGGCUUAUUGCAAGGACUAUAAUGAGGACUUCAUGCUUUGCAAGCAGGAUGCCAAGGGUGACCCCGGCGCGUGCCUCAAAGAGGGCCGCAAGGUUACUCGCUGCGCGACCGACCUGAUCAACAAAAUGCGAGAGAACUGCCUCGAGACGUUCGACAAGCACUGGCAAUGCCUCGAGCUUCACAACCAGGAGUACUACGCUUGCCGGAAAGACGAGCGUGCACUGAACAAGUGCAUGUUUGAGAAACUUGGUCUUACUAAGACUAUUCCUGGGUCGCCAAAGGGCCAGACGCCCAUUCAUGACGUUGCCAAACCCAUUUACACCACUGUCCAGCGGUGAGCUACGAGAGUGGUUCGCCGGCGUCGCUCUCGCAUCUUUUAUCCAGUAUUAUGCUGGUCGUAUUCCCUGUGCUUUCAUGGUAGAAGCUAGAUAAAUAGAGGAAUACAUGAACGCAUAGCUCCAUCUUGCAGAAGCAGUCAAAUACAUCAGAAACCUUUAGAAAGUAAGAAACCU